AUCCCGUUCCAUCCUUUGCUCCUUCGACGGAAGAAAGCAAGGAAGAGAUGAGGAUCUAUUUUGGUCCUUCGAUGUUUCUGCUUCUGUUUCUUGUCGUUCCGAACUUGGCUCAGUCGCAGAUACUCUUCCAGGGCUUCAACUGGGAGUCAUGGAGGCAGCAAGGCGGCUGGUAUAACUUCUUGAAAGACAAAGUCUCUGAUAUAGCCAACGCUGGAGUCACCCACGUCUGGCUGCCUCCGCCCUCGCACUCUGUCGGCGUUCAAGGUUACAUGCCGGGCCGGCUCUACGACUUGGGUGCUUCCAAGUAUGGUAAUCAGGAUGAGUUGAAGGCGCUGAUCGGUGCUUUCCACGACAAGGGAGUCAAAUGCGUGGCCGACAUCGUCAUCAACCAUCGUUGCGCAGGAAGGCGCCCGGCAUGAUGGGGUGGUGGCCGGAGAAGGCUGUCACCUUCGUCGACAACCACGAUACCGGUUCGACGCAAAGGUUGUGGCCUUUUCCUUCUGAUAAGGUCAUGCAAGGCUACGCUUAUAUACUCACGCAUCCGGGCGUCCCUUCCAUCUUCUACGACCACAUGUUCGACUGGGGAUUGAAGGAGGCGAUAACUCAGUUGGCUGAAACCAGAACACGAAAUGGAAUUCAUUCGGGUAGCGCCCUCAACAUUCUGGCCUCUGAUGCUGACCUCUACAUGGCAAUGAUCGAUGGGAAGAUACUGAUAAAGCUAGGCUCGAGAUACGACGUGGGGAAUCUCGUUCCUUCCAACUUCCACGUCGUUGCCUCUGGCAAUGACUACUGCGUGUGGGAGAAGAGAUGAAGACGACGAUGAUGAAUCGUGGAAGAGACUUUUCGCUUCUCUUUCGUUCACGUUUCUCACCUGUGUUGUAAGACCUCGGUAUGAAUGAGGUCAUGAAGCUUUUCCCUUGUUGGCCGUGAGGCAGCAGAAUAAGUGAUCCCUGGUAAGGACUGUCGUAAUCUAUUCGACCAAUAAAAGGCAAAUUAUUGAUCCGUAUGGAUCGAUCCAAGUGAAA